GCCAGAAAGGUUUAUCACCAUCCUCGAGUCAGGGACCACUUCGAUUGUUUUGCCUGGGCCUCGAUAACCCAACAAUGUGUGGUACGAGAAAUAUGGGAAGGAAUUUUAUUUGGUUUGAUUUCUCCUAAUACCAAGGAGAAAAGAGAAGAAAUCAGAAGCAUGAGUAAUAGUGAAAUGUCCAAGAAGCUUUACGAUGACCUUCAGAAAGAUGCAUUCCCUGGAGGCCACUUCAACGUGGGAUCGUCUCAAAGAUGCAUUCCCUGGAGGCCAAACUAAUAGCAAGAUUUUACUCACAACUCGGAAAAAGGGAGUAGCUUUGCAGGUGGAUCCACGUUGUUUCAUCCACGAGCUUCAAUGUCUCAACAAAAGUGAGAGUUGGGAGCUGUUUCAGAAAAAAUUUAGAAAGUAUCCAACAGAAUGGAAGUACUAGGGAGGGAGAUGCUUGGGCACUGCUCUGGUUUGCCAUUAGCCAUCAUCAUGCUCGGUGGGCUUCUAUCUACCAAACAAACAAUAAAUGAGUGGGGUGACGUGAAAGAAAAUGUAACGAAAUGUAUAGCUAAAGGAGAAAAUCACAAUGACUCGAAAUACAAUGAUGGUUCAUGGGUGUUGGGUUUGAGUUACGACGACCUUCCAUUUUACUUGAAGCCUUGUUUUCUAUACUUGGCUUGUUACCCUGAAAACGCCAUCAUACAAGUAAAAGAAUUAUGUCGCAUGUUGGCUGCAGAAGGUUUUAUACCACCAAGUGAAAUGAGUUCAACAAAAGCUAUUGAGGAUGUGGCAUAUGAUUGCUUAAAUGAAUUUGUGGAGAGGAGCAUGAUUCAGGUAGAAAAUUGGGGUUCAACAAGAAGAAUGAAAACAUUUCGCAUUCAUGAUCUCAUGCGAACAUUUUGCUUGUCUAAAGCUCAAUAUGACGACUUUAUACAGUCUAUUGAUUUGAGGGGGGAUAAGGUGGAAGAGGCACUACAAUCUGUAUCUGACGUCGUAAGGAGAAUUGCUGUUUACACUGUUAAUUAUGAUAUUAAUCUUAUCGAUUUUUUUCUAAAGACAAAUAAGUCUCUUAGGUGUCUUAUUGUAGAUACGAGAGACAAGUUUUCCAUUGAAUCAAUGCUUAGAUUGGUGUCCAAUAGGUAUCUCAUGCUUAGAGUUUUAAAUGUAAGUUUAUACAAGGGUACCGGCGUGAGUGCGUUGCCUAAAGAAAUUGGUAAGCUUAUUCACCUAAGAUGGUUUAAAAUUAGUGGUGGCUUUUUGGAAACGAUCCCAUCUUCUAUUGGUAAUUUGAGAUGGCUGAAGACUUUCAAGUUAGAUGGUGAAACACACUCAGAGUGGAAAAUUCCAAAGGUAUUGUGGAAGUGGGAACAACUGAGGCAUUUAUGCUUGCCUAAUCCUUAUGGCCUAGCAUCUAGUAAAUGGUUGAGGUCUAGUAAAUGGUUGAGGUUACCUAAUCCUCGAAAUUUACAAACAUUGGAAGGUGUUCGAACCAAGUAA